AAGAGUCGUGACAUCAUGGAAUCGCAGCAAUUAAACCUUAAACCCAGAGUCGGUGCACAGUUUCUACUGUCGUGUGCUUCAAGAGCACGUCACCUCUCUCCUCGUGUCACGCAGUCUCUUGAAAUAGUUGGACCGUGCCGCGACGAGCAGCUGCUUGAGAAGGCGGCUCAGUAUCUCCAGAGAGAACCAGAACCGAGAGAGUCUUUCACCCUCUUCCCUUUCUAUCAGUCUGUGAGUGAGGGAUGUGAAGCCCACACUGAAGAAUACAGGACAUUUCUCUCUACUUACAUUAAAGCUACUGAACUUCUGGAAACUCUCUGUGUUAAUCUGCUCCUGCAGCCCUGGAAGAAGGAAAUCAAGACACUGAAGACUUUUACAGGUCCAUUUGUUUACUGUCUCCUGCCAGUUUUCAGCAGCUCUACCCUUCAGUCAGUCCUGGCCUCUAUUGGAUACCUGCCCCAUACUGACACUCCACUAAGUGAGUACAGACUCAGUGAAGAUGGUAAUCAAAACAGAGUCAUGCUGAUGGGCUUUGAGCUGAUGUUGGCCAGGGUGGAAUGUGAUCGUCUACUGGAGCUCCAUGACUCAGUUCAGACGGGACAACUGGAGUGGCAGGAGGUUCUCCACAGAAGACUGGGGCCGACUAAACCCGAGGAAACAACAGACAAGAAGGCAACAUGUACAGCAGGGCAAAAUGAAGAGGAGAAGAAGAGGGAAGAGGAACAAGGAAACGAGGUGCCGCUGCAUUUGGACAGCAGGAUUGCAGUGAAACCACAGCCCAAGCCUCAGCGUUGUCAUAUCAACAGUCAUGACCAAUCCAUUAUGGAGAUGCAGAUGAACUACCCUGACCUUGCCUUUAGGGGCCGCCCUCUGCUUUCAGACAAACCUCACCGAGCAAACAGCAGCAGGAGCAGCAGUAAAGUUGUACAUACUGUCAGCAGUAUUAACACCCCUGAUGACAGUAAAGCUGCCAAUCUCUCCAAAAGAGAUUCUGUGAAGGCCACCAAAAGUGCUGCUACAACUAUCCGCAAAGAAACUCACGGCACAAGUGCUGAUGAUGUGUUUGUGGAAAAUGUCAAAUGCAGUGAUUGCAAUAACCGGUCCCAGAGUCAGACUGCCGCCCCUGGAGACGACAUCACGAGCAGCUCCUGUAACACUGACGGAGGCAGCAGGGCUGGAGCCACAGCAGAGCAGAGUCUUAAGCCUGGGGAGCGUCAGACCGCAGAAGAGGCCCUUCCCUUGACACAACAGACUCCAACAGACAGCCAAAACCAAAAGCUACCCUCAUUGAGGUCCAAGGACAGGAAGCAGAAUGUUAAAGAGCUUGAUGUGAAGAUGGGCCAGCUCCUUGUGCAGGAGACCAAAGAAGAAGGAAGGCAAAAACAAGAUGACAUGAAAGGAGAGGAGAAAAAGAACAGAGGGAGACAUGAGAGAAAACCAAGCACAGAGGAAAAGGCAGAGGAGCAGAACCUUACAAAUCCACUGCCGGAGACGGGUCCAGCACCGAGCCAUGCUGCCAGAAGAUGCACCACACCUUCAGAGUCUGGUCCUGCAGUAACAAAAGCGCAGAAGCAGCCCUCUGUGCUGACCAACAGUACAACAGACUCGCAGAGUGUUCAAGGAGGAAGCGAAGGGCAGCAGAGAAACGAUACCAAAGGAGCAGAAACAGGCCAAAGAGAGGAAGAGCAGCUGGCACAGAGCUAUGUUAUAGUUGAGCAUAGCAAGAAAUAACAUCCUCUCAAUGCUCUUUAUCUGAAUAUAUAUCAAUUAGAGUAAGAGUUUAAAAAAUGCAGUGUUAGCUUUGUGCACCCCAGUUUGAAAUCUGCACAGAUCAUUUAUUCUGCUGCUUUGGCUGCUGAAAAGCUAGUGGGUUUAUUUAGUGUUUCAGCAGUAACAGUCUGUGUUUUUUUUUUCUUACAGAAUGGCAAAACAGUUUUACAACUUAACCAUGUUUUUUUGUUUUUUUACUGAAAAAUGCAACAUAAGAAGUAGAAAAAAAUGUAUUAAUUGUUUAAAUGCACCAAUGCUCUGCCUACAAUUUAAGAUUAUUUAGAUGUAUUUAUUGUCAUUCGAUAGCUUAAUAUUUGGCACUGUCAAAUGAAGAGGGGUCCGGGAGUCUCUCCAGAUUUCUUUUUCUUGCACCAAAUCCGGAAGAAUCACAUCCUCCCUGCUGAAAGAUAAGCAGUGGUUUACAUGUAGAGUAUGAAACUGAUCUGAUGGAAAGAUGUGUAGUUGUAUUCACUUCACGUCCGGAUGCAAGAGUAAUGGAAAUGUGUCAACCAAUAAACGUUUUAAAAAAAGA